CGAUCAUCGCUCCCGGUGACUAGCUCUAACUAGCAACCCUUGUAACAGAAAAUCACCAUGUCUGCGCCGACACUCGAUAUCGUCGCCGUCCGCGCCGCCUUCCCCGCUCUCGCCUCCGGAUACCUCUAUGCCGACAACGCGGGCGGAUCGCAAUGCCUCGCGACCGCCGCACACGCGAUCACGGAUUACCUCCUGAACACGAACGUCCAGCUCGGCGCCGAUUACUCGGUCUCGGUCGUGAGCACGCAGCGCGUCGCGGCGGGUGCAGAAGCGGCGCGCGAGCUGUUCAACGCAGAGAGCGCGGACGAGGUGGCGUACGGGAGCAGCUCGACGAUGUUGGUGGAGAACUUGGCGAGAGCCGUCGAGGGGGAUGUUCUAGAGGGAGAGGAGAUCGUCAUCACAGGGGAGCACGAAUCGAACGCGGGACCGUGGAAGCGACUUGCAGCGCGGAAGGGCGCAACCAUUAAGCUCUGGAAUGCGACCCAGCUUGCGGCGUACCCGAACAAUACCUACGCCGUCGGCCUACAACUCGACGCGCUCCUCCCGCUGAUCUCAGCCAAGACGCGCGUCGUUGCGUUCACUGCCUGCUCCAACAUCCUUGGUUCUAUCAUCCCCGUCGCAGAGAUCGUGAAGGCGAUCAGGGCGCGGGGCGCGGAGCUCGGUGUGCGGAAGCUAGAAGUGUGCGUCGACUGCGUCGCGUACGCGCCUCACCGGCCGGUAGACGUGCGCGCGUGGGACGCCGACUACGCGUACUUCUCGUUCUACAAGGUCUACGGCCCCCACAUCUCCGUCCUGUACGCCCGGCGCGCCUCCCUCGUCUCCUCGCUCUCAUCCCUCGGGCACCACUUCCUCCGCGUGCACGAUAAACCAUACAAGCUCCAGCCGGGCGGGCCUGGGUACGAGCUGCCGUGGGGCUGCACGCCCGUCGUGCCGUACCUCAAGUCGCUCACGCCGAGCGGGACACUCGAGGACGCGUGGCUUGCGGUAGCGCGACAAGAGCAGACACUAUUGAAGGAUCUGCUCGGGUACCUGAGAAGCAAGUAUGAGCGAGGCGUGCGGAUCGUCGGGGACGAGCGGGAGGGCGAGACGAGGGUGCCGACGGUCAGCUUUGUCGUUGCGGGCGAGCGGCCGAUCAAGAGCAAGGACGUGGUUGCGUUCUUUGAUAAGAAGCCGAAUGUGGGCAUCCGUUAUGGUCACUUCUACGCGUACACCCUCGUCGACACCUUGCAGCCGAAGCUGGAUGCGGACGACGGCAUCAUUCGCAUAUCGCUGGUGCACUACAACACUGUGGAGGAGGUGAAGCGGAUUGUCGAGAUCCUGGAGGAGGUCCUUGUAUGAAGGCACGUAGAGGGUGGCAUAGGAUGUGGUGCGUGUACGAUAUGUCAAUUCCCAAUUUGCACAUUUGAUGUAAGUUAUACAUCGUACGGCAUGAUCUAAGCCCCCGGUCAUUCGAAC